AUGACAUCGUCACGAGGAGACACCGGAGAAGGUGUCUCCAAUGACGCUUCGAAUCUGCAAGACGAGAAGGAAGAAGAGGGAAUGGCUUCUUCCGCUCUCGUGCCGGCUCGCUCUCCGCUUCUCUUUUCCGAUGACGCCCCCACAGCCGCGGAGGAGGCCCAGGUCAAAGAACUGGAAAAUGUCAUCUCUGAAUACCUCUCGGAGCGCGAAAAGCGCCGGCAGUUCCAGCUUGCCCCCGUAAUCUCUCAGGGCUUCGGAGUACACACACCGAGGCAGUCACGCAGCGGGCGGCGCAGCACAGAAGGAAACAGCGAGGAAGUAGCGACACAAGAGGGAAACGACGAUGCACACGUUGCAGACACACAGGAAGACGAAUGUGAGGAGCGAGAGCGAAAGCGGAUGAGACAUGCCGAUGCGGCAGACGAUGAGAGUGACUCUCGGGAAGCAGAGAGAGAAGACCCGGCUCCUGGCAGCGAUUUGCGCCUGAUUUACGAUGCACACGAGAACAUGAAGCUGACAGUCAAAUCUUCCAAAACGCAGUUCAACGAGAGACCUGUGACUCUCGAUCUAGAGCUCAAGCGCAAGCUGGUGCGGCGCGCGGUGAUGCUUCUUCUCUUCGCCGCCCCCUACGCCGCGCGGCAGAGCGAUCUGCGCGAGGUGAUUCUUAUCGAGCCGACUGUGAAGAAAAUUAACGUACGAGUGAUUCUAAAGGAAGCAGCUCGUCUGCUUCGCGGGCAUUUGGGCCUCUUGCUGCAACGCAUCAACGACAGUCGAGGUUCGAAAGCCGACGACUUCUACUACUUGGCGCAAGGCAUUGCGCACGCACGGCACAUUGAGAGUCUCAUGACCGAGCGCGAGCACGCGCUUCGCGGCUUUCUCCUCUUCCUGGUGCCCUGCUUCAUCGCUUGCCGCGGCGUUAUCAGCGAGAGCGACCUUCGCGGCUACGUGACCGCGUGCGGACGCGCGGACAUCCUCGGCGACUUCUCAGAGUCCGACCUCGGGGGGCUGGCGCUUCCAGAGAAUCAAAAGGUUCAUGGCAAGUCGCUGAAGGACUCGCCUCCGCGUCUUGAGACGCUGUGGGAUUUCCUGCUGGAGUGCCGCCACUUCAAAUACCUCACGUUCGUCCCUGGUAGCACCUCAGACUCUCCGAAUCCGCAACUGAGUUGCAUCAAACCCACUGCGCGCCUUCGAGACGAGCUGUCUCUGGAGAAUUUUCGCAGAGAGUGCAAAGCGAACUGGGACGUGCGCCUGCCCUCUGGCGACCUUUUUGGUCGGCUGGAGGCCUCCAGUGAAAACGAAGAGUCUGACGAGGCCUCGGAGUCCUCGGACUCGUCCUGCUGA